AUGUCCGUUGCCUACGUCUUAGCCGGCAUAUUUCUUCCAAAUGAUUUUAGUAUCUCAACUGCUACGACCUUCGAAUAUGCUUGGUGUGGUAUCAGUGGCCUCCUAAUUUCUUUGUCUUCAAUGUCAAAUUUUGGUGUUGCUUUGGCUCUAUCUACAGAGCUUUAUAUUUGUUUAGGCCUUACCACUUCUGUUACAAAACGAAAUGACAAUAUUAUAAUGAGAUUUAAUAUUUUUUUAACACUCGUGAUUCCGUUAUUUUGCAUCACUCUGAGCAUAAUAACGUUGGCUAUACGCCAUAAUCCUAUCUUUGAAGUAAUUGAUGAUGGUGGCACUUGUUCGGUCUCUAGACAUAGCGAUUAUAGAAUUCUUUUAUUUCUG